GACAAUUGCAAGGAGGAUCUCUUUUAAUACGACUUCUGGAUGCGCAGCAUAUCCAACAUCUAGAGUUAUUACACGAGGAAUUUCAAUUGCUGUUGUCACUGCGUCUGUUCCUUUUCAGGCUGAUGACAAUGGUGGUCACUCCCAAAUUGUAUCCGCGGGCAACAGUCAAGCGCAUCGUGAAAGCCCAUUCGAAGCGCAAUAUAUCCAAAAACGCAGAUAUCUUGAUAUUCUUGGACUAUAUGCUAUUCAUGCAAGAACUGAUGCGUGAGGCAUCUAUCCGGGCGAGGAGAGCUGGGGAGAAAGUUAUCUCGGCCAGAAGCGUCAGAAAGGUAACCGAGGGUACCCUGAGGAAAUUCAAAGGGUGAAUGAACCCGAGGCGUGGUUUCGUAGUUUUCCCGAAUCAUUACCCUUUGAAAUUGGCGAGGGCGAAGAGGGCGAUGGCGUUGGGAUCUCUAGUUUACGGAUGGAGCAACGUGGAAUUUUCGUUUCCUUUUACUUUUUAAAUGAUACCCCGAGCGAAAUUGGCGUUUUUGCAGUUUGCAGUCUUCUUAUUAUGUAUUUAUAUACGGCAGUCAUCCUGAAGCCCCUCUAUGCCAUUUGUAAUCGAUUUCUUCGCCUCUGCAGCGUACCGCUGUAUGGAACGGGUAAAA